GCCCGUGUCCAUCCGGACAAGAGCAAGGCCAUGGGCCUUGGCAGGUUUGCGCACCUGACGGGCCCUUGCCCACACACGGGGGUGCCGUUUACCACUGGCGCCGUGACGCACCUGGGUGUGCCCCUGUCGUGGGACUCGGAUGCGGCUGCAGCUGACUUGUACACCCGGCGGGCUCGCGGCAUGGCGUUUGUGGCGCGUCUGUGGGCUGCCCUGUCUCUGACUCUGGUUGGCCGUGUGCACAUUGCGAAGCAGGUGCUGGCGGCGAAGCUGGCCUACCACUUCAGCUUCCUCAACCCGUCGCCUGCGCAGCUGAAGGAACUCACCGACCUGGUGGACCACUUUGCAGCGCGCUCCAUGCACGCUGAGGACGCCAGCCUGGUGUUGCACGGGAACCCGCUCCUGCUGCCAAAGCGGGAAACGGCCUGUCUGCCGUACAAGGAUGGGGGUGUCAACCACGUCGACCUGCCUGCGUUCCUGUCUGCCCUGCAAGCUAAGACCUUCGCCCUCCUUGCCCAGCCAGGCCGGCAACCCUGGAAGAUGCUCACCCGGGCGCUGCUUACUCAUGUGCGCCCGGACUCCGCCACCACCGACGCGCCGGCGCCAGCGGGGCUGCCUGCCCGGCUGGCGGCCGCGGUCGGCCACGUGCGGAGCGCGGGCGUGGAACAGCACCCACCGCAGCCAGCCACUCAGCCGCCAGCGGCGCCGCCGCAGUGGCGGGUUAGCCUGGACCAGCUGUGGGUGGCUAACGCUGCGGGGGCUGUGUCCUACGUCCACUACACGGGGCGGCUCUUGGAGCCUGGGCCUGGCGUGCUGCCCCCGGCGGUGGAUGGGGUGUGGCAGCCUGCCUGUGUGCUGCAGCAUCGCAAGCCGCGGCACCUGUGGACCUUUGAAGAGCGGGCGGCGUACGAUGCAGCAUCACCAGGGGACCGGGCGGGGGCGUGGCCUCGGGCGCCGUACUUCCUGGCGCCGGAGGCUGGGGUGGUGGUGCACCCGGAGCACUGCCGGAUUGCGGGUGUCAGCUUGGCGGACUACACGGUGCGGGACGUGCGGCGGGCCAUCACCGCGGCCAACCCGGCCGCACCUCCGGCUCCGGCCCGCCCCGCAGCCAUGCCGUGCCCGGCGCCAACACAGCAGGCGGGGGAUUCGGGGCCCCAGCCGGCGGCACAGUCGCGGCUGGCAGAGCGGGAGGCGGAGUGGCAGCGUGCAGCGGCGCAGCUGACCACCACGGCGGCGCAGCAUUUCCACAAUAACCCGGUGGCUCUGGACCCCUGGCUUCACCGCACCUCCGCGGCAGCCGGGCUGCAGAACACGCCGCUUCUCACCGCACAGCUCAAGGCGGCUAAGCUGGAGCACUUUGUUGCCAUCUGGUCGGCGGGUGGCGCGCUUUGUGAAGUGGAGGAGGUUCAGGUGCGGGAGGAGCGGGCAGCUGCCGCAGCGGCCAGCCACAAUGCCCGCGCUGCACUGAUGGAGGAGCAUGGGGAGCGGGGCACUCGCUGGUUCCAUCGGCAGGCUGACGAGCCAGCAGCCGGCGCGCAGGAGCCCAUCACGCACUUGAAGGUGCCGGGGCAACCGGCGCCUGUGGCGCUCACGGGGCCGGGCACGCGCAUCACUGUCUCAGCAGCCGCCGCAGCCAUGUACAGCAGCACCAGCCCCACCGGCCUGUUCCGCGUGCAGCCGGUCUGUACGGCGUCGCAGCAACAGCUUCUGGCGGCCAUUGACCGCAAGGUUCCGGCGGAUCUGCAGGCCGCCGCAGAGGGGUCCGGUGACGGCGCCCUCAGUGAUGCCGAGCUGAUGGCAGCGCUGGCUGGCUCCGCCAAUGGUAAAGCGCCUGGGUCGGACGGGGUCCCGUACGAGGUGUACAAGGUUUUCUGGGCGCUGCUGGGUCCGCGCUUGUGUGCUGCUGCUGCCGCUGCCUUUGCUGCCGCUGCAGACGCCCACGAUGGCGGUGAAAUGGCGGCGGCGCUGCCCGCCUCCUGGCGGGAGGGCAUCAUCACCCUCAUCUACAAGGGCAACAGCCUGGACCGCGCCGAGCUGGCGUCCUACCGGCCCAUCACGCUGCUCAACUGCGACUUCAAGAUGGUGUCCAAGGCCGUCAGCGCCCGCCUGCAGCCCGCCCUGGAUGCAGUUGUGGAUGAGCUGCAGACUGCGUUCAUCACCGGCCGCUGGAUUGGAGACAACGCGCUGUACCUCCAAGGCCUGAUCGAAUGGAUGCGCCUGGACGUGGGCGCGGACGGCACGCCACGGCAGGGUGGUGCGCUGUACUUCUUGGACAUUGAAAAGGCGUAUGACCGGGUGCACCGGCAGUGGCUGUAUGCGUCCGCGGAGGGACUGGGGUUUGGGCCGCGCAUGCUGCGCUGGAUCCGCCUGAUCACUGCCAACGGCUCUGCCCGCGUGUGUGUGAACGGGAUGCUCUCUGACGCCUUCCCAGUGCUGAACGGCUUGCCGCAGGGCAGCACCGCCUCACCACCCCUGUGGGUCAUCCAGAUGCAGCCACUGACGUCCUUUCUGCGGCGGCAGGUGGAGCAAGGGGCACUGCGCACGCCCCUGUUACCCAGCGGCGAGCAGGCGCCACCGGCUGCCCACCACGCUGACGACACGACCCUCACGGCGCGCGACCCGGCGGUGGACGGGCCGGUCCUGAUGGCGGCGGUACAGCUGUUCUGCCGCGCGUCCAACGCCCGUGUCCAUCCGGACAAGAGCAAGGCCAUGGGCCUUGGCAGGUUUGCGCACCUGACGGGCCCUUGCCCACACACGGGGGUGCCGUUUACCACUGGCGCCGUGACGCACCUGGGUGUGCCCCUGUCGUGGGACUCGGAUGCGGCUGCAGCUGACUUGUACACCCGGCGGGCUCGCGGCAUGGCGUUUGUGGCGCGUCUGUGGGCUGCCCUGUCUCUGACUCUGGUUGGCCGUGUGCACAUUGCGAAGCAGGUGCUGGCGGCGAAGCUGGCCUACCACUUCAGCUUCCUCAACCCGUCGCCUGCGCAGCUGAAGGAACUCACCGACCUGGUGGACCACUUUGCUGCGCGCUCCAUGCACGCUGAGGACGCCAGCCUGGUGUCGCACGGGAACCCGCUCCUGCUGCCAAAGCGGGAAACGGCCUGUCUGCCGUACAAGGAUGGGGGUGUCAACCACGUCGACCUGCCUGCGUUCCUGUCUGCCCUGCAAGCUAAGACCUUCGCCCUGCUUGCCCAGCCAGGCCGGCAACCCUGGAAGACGCUCACCCGGGCGCUGCUUACUCAUGUGCGCCCGGACUCCGCCACCACGUGGGCGUGGGUGUACAGCGACGCGCCGACGCAAGCGGGGCUGCCUGCCCGGCUGGCGGCCGCGGUCGGCCACGUGCGGAGCGCGGGCGUGGAACAGCAUCCGCCCCAGCCAGCCACUCAGCCGCCAGCGGCGCCGCCACAGUGGCGGGUUAGCCUGGACCAGCUGUGGGUGGCUAACGCUGCGGGGGCUGUGUCCUACGUCCACUACACGGGGCGGCUCUUGGAGCCUGGGCCUGGCGUGCUGCCCCCGGCGGUGGAUGGGGCGUGGCAGCCUGCCUGUGUGCUGCAGCAUCGCAAGCCGCGGCACCUGUGGACCUUUGAAGAGCGGGCGGCGUACGAUGCAGCAUCACCAGGGGACCGGGCGGGGGCGUGGCCUCGGGCGCCGUACUUCCUGGCGCCGGAGGCUGGGGUGGUGGUGCACCCGGAGCACUGCCGGAUUGCGGGUGUCAGCUUGGCGGACUACACGGUGCGGGACGUGCGGCGGGCCAUCACCGCGGCCAACCCGGCCGCACCUCCGGCUCCGGCCCGCCCCGCAGCCAUGCCGUGCCCGGCGCCAACACAGCAGGCGGGGGAUUCGGGGCCCCAGCCGGCGGCACAGUCGCGGCUGGCGGAGCGGGAGGCGGAGUGGCAGCGUGCAGCGGCGCAGCUGACCACCACGGCGGCGCAGCAUUUCCACAAUAACCCGGUGGCUCUGGACCCCUGGCUUCACCGCACCUCUGCGGCAGCCGGGCUGCAGAACACGCCGGCGAGAGAACUGCAGUCGUAUGCGUCCCCGUCCCAGCAGUCGGGUGAGGGGCCGCGGCGGUCCGCGCGGCUGCAGGAGCAGGCGGCGGGCGGGGCGGGACCUAGCACUGGGCCUGCCACGGCGGCGGCGGCAGCAGCGGCGGCGGUGGAGGGCGACCCUCGCAUGCCGCCCCCGGAUGCGUCCCUUCUGCGGGCUUAUGCGCAGGCAAGGACGUGGCUGCAGCAGCUGUGGGCCUGCGUUGCGCCCCAGGCAGCGGCGCCGCCAGUGACGGACGUGGGCUUCAUGCUGGGGGACCGCAUGGGUAUGUGGGCCUCAGGCCCGCGGGGGGCGGGCGCGCUGCUGUGGACCACUUUGCGGGCCACCUUCUUGUACGCCGUCUGGUGUGCGUACUGGUCCCGCGAGCCUGCUAAGCAGACGUCGGAGCAUGUGGUUCGGGAGGUGGUCAGCGAGCUGCGCAGGGUGAUGCAGCUGCGUUUCACUGCCGCCACGCUAACCCCUGAAACCCUGUCGGCUCUGCCCACUCAGCUUCUCACCGCACAGCUCAAGGCGGCUAAGCUGGAGCACUUUGUUGCCAUCUGGUCGGCGGGUGGCGCGCUUUGUGAAGUGGAGGAGGUUCAGGCUUAUGCGCAGGCGAGGACGUGGCUGCAGCAGCUGUGGGCCUGCGUUGCGCCCCAGGCAGCGGCGCCGCCAGUGACGGACGCGGGCUUCAUGCUGGGGAACCGCAUGGGUAUGUGGGCCUCAGGCCCGCGGGGGGCGGGCGCGCUGCUGUGGAGCACUUUGCGGGCCACCUUCUUGUACGCCGUCUGGUGUGCGUACUGGUCCCGCGAGCCUGCUAAGCAGACGUCGGAGCAUGUGGUUCGGGCGGUGGUCAGCGAGCUGCGCAGGGUGAUGCAGCUGCGUUUCACUGCCGCCACGCUAACCCCUGAAACCCUGUCGGCUCUGCCCACUCAGCUUCUCACCGCACAGCUCAAGGCGGCUAAGCUGGAGCACUUUGUGGCCAUCUGGUCGGCGGGUGGCGCGCUUUGUGAAGUGGAGGAGGUUCAGGGUGGGUCACCGAAGUUGAACUUGCGGCUGACGCUUGCAUCACCUGUGCAGGCCCCCUAGGUUUCCUUUUGGGCGGCGUUUCGUUCCAAGCGCUGGCGUGGCGUUUAUCGUCAUCAGCUUAUCUGGCGCCCAUGUGUUUUAGCUCUGGCUGGCAUCGCAGCGCCUGGGCGGCUGUGGGACUUCCUGCACAGCGCGUCUUGCACCGGGCUGGAGCCCGCCUAGUCAGCGCCACAUCUGGCCCGUUUAGUUUUCUGCUUGUGUCUCCUCUGCCGGUUCUCCUGGGGUGUUGCUUAAGCAACCGACUUGUGGGGGUGGGGUGGGUUUGGGCGGGGCGAGUGCGUAGCGCUGGUGUUUCCUCUUCUGGCGCGCGGUGGUGGUGGUUCUUGCGGUUAGGCUGUGGUGUAGGCUGGUGCUUGGGUUAGGUCUGGCGGUGUUUUUGUGCAACCCCUC